AUGAGGUACCUUUUUCACAAAAUUUACUCCAAAUCUCAAAGAUUAUCAAGUUGAAAACACCAGUUUGACCUCGGGAAAGAUUCUCAGAGAAAGUGGUCCGAAUAAUGGGAGUGUAGAGCAUCAGAAUUUCGCCAAAUUGAGACUAAAAGUUGGGAUUUUGGGACGAGAAUCGGAGAAAAUGUCUACUUAAAGGACAGAUUUGAACGAUAAGAAAGAUUACCACUUGCAACCUCCUGGCCGCAUUUAGAAUGGCUCGAAGGUUGCGGACGCGCUGCGGCUUCAAUGAGAAACUUCAAGAUUUCACUGACUCGCACAGAAACCGCUUUGCAGCCGUUACGCAUUGAGCCAUUCUCUAUGCGACUAAAUUGUGACCACUUGAACUAAAUCAACUGUACUUGUAGUAAAAUCUUCUUAUAAAAAAUGUCCACUUUCGUUUCUCAUUCUUUUUUCAAAUGAGAGUUUUCGGUUUAUUCUCGUUCUUUUUUUCGCUGCUAAUCUUCCUAUGUCUAUUCCAAAAGUUUUAGUACUGAAAACAAUUUUUAAAAAAAUUUGUUAGCUUUCGAUUAAUUAUUAUUGAAACUUAGCCCUUGAAAAAAAUUUUUAAUGAAAAAUGAUUUCAUAUAUUAUUUUUUUGCCUGGAAAGGAGUAAUGAUGACCCUGUUGAUUUAUCGAAUAAUCAGAACUAAAGAUAGAAGCGCCGUGGUCAGACGUGGAAUGGCUCAGAUCCAGACGAUUUAAAAUUCAGCGAAAUUUAAACAAAAAAAAUUUGAUGCUUUACGAUACCGGAGCACGUCCGUUUAUACCGGCGCAAGCCGUUUCAAGACUGGAGUGCUCAAAAAUAGGCGGUACAUUUUUCAAUCCAUUCCAUCACGUUGUUCCGAGACGAUGUUGAUAAUUGAAAUGACUUGAUUGAAAUCUAUCUUUUAAGCGUCAAGAGGAACUUCACAAAAAUUAUAGCUAGCUCAAAAUCAUGUUCAAAUGGUAUUAUUUUUUGGUUUACGAAUUCUGAAUCAUUUACAAAAUAAAUGGGAAAAUUUUCGUUUUAAGAUUGAAGGUGCCAUGUCCUUUCCAAAUAUAAUUGAAAAGCUAACAAAUUAUAAAAAAAAAAACUUAAUAUCGGGUUUUAAAAAAGCGUCUCUGAAUAGUGAGUAAUUUCAUUAUGAUUUUUUUUUUUGGACUUUUCCGUGUUCUAGAUCCUUCCUGAAAGACUGGAAAAUGGGUUGACUUUUCAGAUAAAACCUGAUAGAAACUUGCAAAUUUAUUAUUUUUCGAGGAUUACGAAGAAUACGAAUGAAUAAUUUUGACGAAUUUUGACUUUAAGGCCUGAUUUCUUGUGAAAAUAAGAAGCUUGCAUGCUGAUACUUCCAGGAUCAAGAACCUUUCUCCCCAAUCGGCCACAAAUUCCAACCCCAAAGUAAAGUGACUUUCCAUUUUACAGUAAAAAUUCCGAAAAGAAAAGUUUUUUAUGAUCAGCUGUGUAUGUUUUCAACUUGCUUGACAAAUUUUAACACGUAACAGUUUCUUCUGAACCUUUUCUCUGAUUAAUUGCCUCCAGAACGAACCACAGAUCCGAUUUCCCAAACAGAUCAACUAAAUAUAUAUCAUUCUUCUGAGUAUGACGCAACUCGCUUCUGGUCGGAAGCCCACAAAAACCCGUCUCCCUUCAUUUUUUCUCGACGAAUCACUGUCGACGACAAAUUUGGACCCCACGUUCCUACUUUCUCUCUUUCUCCAAUCCUUGUUAACUAGUCGAGUUGCGGACGAGCGCACCCGACAUUGGGGUUACGGUAGAAGUUGGAAUUUUCGCGGCGCUCCUUUCUCUGGGAACUCGCACGUGGCUGUGGUAAUUUCAUCAGCGAUUGCGUCUUCCUCAGACCAUUUAGGAAAAACUUGGUCCCUUUUCCUGUUUUCUGUAGUGUUUGGAGCUUGGUUUUUAAUUAGUUUUCCGAAUUGUUUUUGUUUUAAAGGUUUUUGAGAGUUGUUUUUUGUAACACACCGCUUUCGAAAGGCUUCAAAUGUUUAGGUAAAAAAGCUGCUUGACGAAGAUUUUUGCUCCAUGGAUAAUAGAUGUUAUAAAACCUGUGAACUUUAUUCCAGGAAUAUGUACAACUUUUUAAAAAUGUUUUUGCUGUAGCUUUCAGUUUCCGUUAUCAAGUUUAACGGAAGAAGAAACAAUCGGUUUCAAUAGGAACAUAAAUUCUUUCAAAGACUUGUAGAAACGUAUGUGAUUUUGGAAAUUUCUCAUUCAAACAUUUCUUAUUGAGUUGUACAUUGAGAAUCGAAAUGGAAAAAAUUAGCGGGCAUAAAUUGGAAAUUAAUAUUUGAGGAUUUUUUAAUAAAUGCUGUUUAUGUUUAUCCUCAAAGCAGAUAGUUCAAGUUUGGAAACGUUUUUUUCAAUUUUCAUUUUUCUCUCGGGAACGUUUUUAGAUCGUCAAAAUAGGGAAAGUAUAGAAUUUUUAGGCUCAUAAAAGCGUUUUAUAAUUCAUUUUUGUACUUGAAUAUGAAGGAUUUUUUUCAAACCUGAUUCUUUUUCUCUGCAACCAAUUUAUUUUCUCAUUUUUCUUCCGAUUUCCAUCAUAUCAAUUUUUUUUCUCCCGUCUUGAAUGUCUGAACUCGACCAAACGGAACCGCACAAAAAAACUGUCCUCGAAAAAAUGGUCCGAUUUUAGCGAUGACAAUAGAAAAAUGGCAACAUUUGGCAACAUUUUCUCGACUGCAAAAUUGCGCACCCAGCCAUGUAUUUGGUCGUUUGUCAAAGUCGAAUCAAGACCAUCUGAUUUGAUAAGAGGAAGACGGUUCAACAACGUGCCUUUUUUUUUGUUCUUGAAGAUUCACUGUUUCUGAUCGGAAGGCGUUGGUCAAAAAUUAGAGAAUCAUCAACAGUGAGUCUUCUUUGUAGUUUGCCAAACUGUUCAAAAUUUUGAAAAGUGGCGAAAUUUGAGUUGAUAUGAAGAAAUAAUGUGUCGCUGCUUCUAGAAAUUCUGAAAAGUGCUGGAAAAUUAGCAGUUUAGUGAAAAAAGACCGAUUUAAAGAUGAAGCGAUUUUGAUGAAAAAGUUGAAGAUUCAUGCGAAUUUUGCCAGACGCAUCUAAUAUUGUGUGUUCAAAAUAAGUUGUGCAACAAAAAUGAACGCGAAACGGACGUGCUCCGGAUGUUUCAGCGCGAUUCUAGGGAUCACUUAAGAGUGCUGAGGCUACUAAAGUGGUCACUAGAAAUGCCCCGACACGUCCGAUUCGCGUCCCGUUCGCGUUACCAAUGUCCGAGAAGUCAUUAGAAAGUUUUGAGGUAAAAAUAACUUCAUAGACGGCAAAUUUGCUUCAUGGAUAAACAAAAAAUGGUUUUUACAAAUUUCAUGUUUGAACCUAAUUUCAGUGCUUGUAAACGGAGGCUGUGAAGAAGGUUAUAGAAAAAAAAAAAUCUAGAGCAGGGAAAAUAGUAUUUCUGGCGGAAAAUAAUGUAUAGGACAGUUUUAAAAAGCUUCAUUUCAAAUUUUUUUGAGCAACCUCGUUUUUUUCUGUGUCUCGCCAUCGCUUCGAAACUAACUUGGAAAAUUCUUGUCCACUUCAAAAUUUAUUUAUUUCUAUUUUUCAAGUUACAUAAAAUGUAAUAACCGAAAUGGGUCUUUUUCGAGUUUUUCACGAACUUUUUAAUUUUUCUUUCAAUCUCAGAAAGUUUCUGCUGCUCUCAAAAUUCAGCCACGUUGCUACUUUUCCGACGGAAAUAACCUUGAACUCGUAUCAUCAACUCAACUCGAAUCAAAUUGAAUCACUACGUAGUCUGUUAGGAGAAGAAGAAGAAAAAAAGAAAGGAAGGAACAGUUUCGUUGAAGUCGAGGAGGCGGCGCCUCGGAAUGACUGCACCCAGCCGUUUUAACCCCUGGGUUGCCAUGUUGUAGAGACCUUUUUUCUUAUUUUUCCUAGGAAAAUAGUUUUUUGGGGUUGAGUUAAGGUUAUGAAAAUAAAGAAAUUGAUUUGAAUUUUUUUUUUCAGUUUUUCAGUACGGUUUCCUGGAAAUCCUAAAAUUUCAAUUCUUCUAAUAAUCCUUCUUUUUCAUAUUGAGUCAACUCUUUUUCCACUAACAAGCUUCACUAGCAAGUGAUAGGUAAACGUUGAAGAGACACUAGAGAAGCAGAAAAUGUUCAAUUCUCUGGCGUCUCUUCCAACCGCUGCUGUUCUCUCGCUUUUAAUUUUGCUGUUUAACACCCUCGGCGUGAUUCCCUUGAAAGGAGACAACUUUGAAAGGACUUAAUGAGGAGAAAAUUAGAAAACAAUGAAAGCCGAGAGAAGGCAGAGAAAGAAAGUCUAGCCGUUUCUCUGGCUCCUCUCUGUUCUCUGUUGAUUUAUGACUUUUUUUCCAAGGUCCAAGUAAAAUUAUCUUUCAAUUCUUUUUCACUAUUUUUCUCUUUCUCUCAAAAAACCUCCCUGAUCCCUUAAAAUGGAAUUUUUCCAGCAAAAUGACCUCAACACGGACGAUUUUGCGCAAUAAGCGACUUGUUUCCGCCGCUGGAGCCGAGUUCAACUCGAAACGGAACUAUUCACCUUUACCUGUAGGCUUCAAAUCAAUGACCUUUUUCGAAGGGGUUUUUUUACAGGUCGACCCAUUGGCAAGGUUCAAGAAAAUUUCCCAGCAAUCGGCGCCAAAAGUUUUGAUCACCGGAUCUCUUGGACAACUUGGCAGAGGCCUCAAUUCAGUUUACAAGUUGGUUUUUUAAAAUUUCGAAUAUCAAUUUGGUUGAAAAUAUUUUCAAAAGCAGAAACUUCAAUUUCCCCAGGAGUUUCGUGGGAAAGAACGAAAUGUUUCAGUAGUCUCUGUUCAGUUCAUUUUAAAGUAGGUAGAUGUCGAGUUUGUGUUUUUUUUUUUUACCCCUUUCCUAUGAAAAAAUAGGUUUUAUCAAUUUUCCAUCAUUUGAAUUUUAUUUUCAGAAAGUUGAGCCCCCAUAUAAAUUGAUAGAUACUUUUUUUUCGCUUUUUAAAGUUAGGUUUUAUCAAUUUUCCCUCUUAUGGCAAUCAUUUCCAAGAACGAAAUAAUUCCAGAUACAUGUACGGCAAUGAAUGCGUGACGAUGACCGACAUCGUCAAGGUGCCUUCUGGAGCGACGGACGUCAGUGAGUUGUCUAACGUCAUCAGAAAACAAAAACCCGAAAAAACUCCCUUUGAAGACUUUAGUGAGUUAAUUAGCGACAUUUCAAAACAAAAUUUCAAAAAAAAUUGCAUGUUAAAUCGCCCCAUCGUGAAUGUGAUUUUGAGUGAAUGAUUUGAUUAGACAAUAUUUCCACCCACGUGGUGAUGAAAUUGGCCGAUCGCCAAACAUCAACCGAGAAAUCUCGUGUCAGGCGCUUGAAGACGUGAAAAAUUUCGUUGAAAUCGUUGGGACGAGACCAAACGUUCAAAAUUGUCCGAGGGAGGAUCUUGUAGUCAUGAAGAUAUUUAUGGAUGCUUCGGGGAACUUUUUCGCUGAUCUCAUAGUUUUUUUUUUACUUUGGGGGUUUGAGAAUAGAAAACCAUGGUCGCAAAGGGCGGAAUGGCUAGGUUAAAGAAGGUUGUUUCUUGAGACGCGCCAGACCUGAAACGACUUGCGCUCUAAGAGACUACGCUUUUUUCUAGUCUAGAUUUGACAUUUUUCUAAUAGAAAACACCACCGCUAAGAGAUCACUAUAUGCUUUAGGAUCGGACAGUAUACCGAAAGCCUAAAAGUCUUACUUGAAUCCCGUAUUCGAGUAAUUAUGAAGUUUUUGGGAAUCUUAGACUUUUUACAAUGGUAACUGAUACUUUUCUGAGCUCCUUUUAUAAUCAUUAUUCUGGAAUGAACACUUUCUAUAUAGCCCUGAAGCUCAUCAAAACCCUAGAAUGAACACUUCAAAAAGAUAGGUCAUUAUAGGGUUUGAAUGAAUCUUCACGAGAUUCAUUCAAACCCUAUAAUGACCACUUCUUUGUAACAACUUCUGGAACGAAAACCUCUUAAAAAUUCACUCCAACUCGAAAAUUUACGUUCUUUUUGCAGACAACUACCACUAUCUUGACAUUUUGAACACCUCGGCGAUCGAAGAAGCCGUUGUUAAUAAGGUUGAACUGUUCCCCUUUUUCUCCAUUAAUUUGAGCUUCUACAGGGAAUCGACACACUAAUCCACUUUUCUGCACUUUUAUCCGCAGUUGGCGAGCAAAAUGUUCCGUUGGCCUUGCAAGUCAACUGCCGCGGUGUUGAGAACAUCCUCGAAGUGGCCAGGUUCGUCUUUUUUUUUGAGUAGUUUAAAGAACGACCAGUGAACCGGUUGGACGGAGGAAAGACUGCAGUUUUUCGUGGUUUAUGAUGAGAGGAUGGUCUUGGAGACCGUAUAAGGAAGAGAACUGCUUGGGAAUGAAAAAAAAAACGGAAGGAUCGGGUUUAUUUAUGGCCACUUUUAUAACUCUCCUUUCUAUUUAGGUUUGGAGAUAAUAAUGUACUCGAUUUUAUUUCUUAGUUCCAUUUUUUUCAGAAGGCACAAGCUCAAGGUGUUCAUCCCAUCGACAAUCGGCGCAUUCGGUCCAACAACUCCUCGCGAUAACACUCCUGAUUUGACUAUUCAAGUGCCCACUACUAUUUAUGGCGUCAGCAAGGUACAAUUCAAAUCAAAGUUUCAAAAAAAAACGUCUCGAAAAUUAAAGGUCUACGCCGAAAGACUGGGCGAAUACUACAACUCCAAGUUUGGCGUCGAUUUCCGUUGCCUUCGAUUCCCUGGCAUCAUUUCGGCGACCAAGCCCGGAGGAGGCACGACUGGUGAGGAUUAUCGAGUGAAAAUUUGAAAAGAAAAAAAAAACUACAAGGCUCCGCUGGAUACGUUUAGCCAUGGGUCAAAAUUUCAAUGGGGUGGCAUUUUUUGCAUCAUUUUUUCUUUAUAGUAUGUGCAGAUUUUUAAUGUCAAGUGCAAUGACGUCAUUCAAAACGCUCUGUGGAUGGCUCGCUCUCUGAUAGGUUUAUCGCACCAUUAGGGGCGGAGCUUGAGCAACGACUUGACAUUCAAAAAUCUGAACAGACUAUAAUUUUAAUUUUUUUCUACUUGAAUUUUUUUAUGAAGAUUAAGUCGUUUUUAAUUUUUUUUUUUUUCCUUUAUUUCACUUUCCCACCAAUAAUUGAUUGCUUCAUAGUUGUAAUGAUUAACUUUCAACGUUUUAACAUGUGUUUUUUUUUCGUCAAUUUCGUCAUCUAAAUGAAUAUUAUUUUUCAGAUUAUGCCAUUCAAAUUUUCUACGACGCACUGGAAAAGGGCCGUCACACGUGCUACCUCCGACCGGAUACCGUCUUGCCAAUGAUGUACGACACCGAUUGCAUGGCUUCCGUUGUUCAGGUUCGAAGAAAUGUUCGGAAAAUUCAUAAAAAUCGAACAUUUCUAGUUCCUUGCCGCCGACGCGUCCUCACUGGCCAGAAGAACCUACAACGUCACAGGAUUCUCGUUUACUCCUGAGGAAAUCGCCGCCGCAAUCCGGAAAGUGAUGCCAGCCUUUGAGAUUGACUACAAGAUUUGCCCCAUCCGGCAAGCUAUCGGUGAGUUUUUGAGGCUGCAAAGCCAGAAAAUAGUUUUUGAAACGAAUUUUAAAACCGAACCUCUUCAGAAUCGUUAUUUUGUUAGUUUUCAAGAAAAUUUCAAGUAUUGUCAUUGAAAAAUAAUCUAUUUUAGCCGAUUCUUGGCCUCGAUCUCUUGACGAUUCUGGCGCCCGACAGGACUGGGGCUGGAACCCGGAGUACGCCCUCGAUGAGACCGUUCAGGUAAUCUAGGAAAUUACAUUAAAUUAUCAAUUUUUUUAUUAAUUUAGAUCAUGUUCGCCCUGUUGCAAAGAGAAACUGGCGGCACAACGGCGCCAAAAGUCGCCAGCGCUUAA